AUGGGGGUGAUCCGUAUGGGGGUGAUGAUUAUGGGGGUGAUGCUUAUGGGGGUGAUCCUUAUGGGGGUGAUGCUUAUGGGGAUCCUUAUGGGGGUGAUCCUUAUGGGGGUGAUCCUUAUGGGGGUGAUCCGUAUGGGGGUGAUGCUUAUGGGGGUGAUGCUUAUGGGGGUGAUCCUUAUGGGGGUGAUCCGUAUGGGGGUGAUGCUUAUAGGGGUGAUGCUUAUGGGGGUGAUCCUUAUGGGGGUGAUCCUUAUGGGGGUGAUCCUUAUGGGGGUGAUCCUUAUGGGGCCUUAUGGGGGUGAGCCUUAUGGGGGUGAUCCUUAUGGGAGUGAUCUUUAUGGGAGUGAUCCUUAUGGGGGUGAUCCUUAUGGGGGUGAUCCUUAUGGGGGUGAUCCUUAUGGGGUUGAUCCUUAUGGGGGUGAUCCUUAUGGGGGUGAUCCUUAUGGGGGUGAUCCUUAUGGGGGUGAUCCUUAUGGGGGUGAUCCUUAUGGGGGUGAUCCUUAUGGGGGUGAUCCUUAUGGGGUUGAUCCUUAUGGGGGUGAUCCUUAUGGGGGUGAUCCUUAUGGGGGUGAUCCUUAUGGGGGUGAUCCUUAUGGGGGUGAUCCUUAUGGGGGUGAUCCGUAUGGGGGUGAUGCUUAUGGGGGUGAUGCUUAUGGGGGUGAUCCUUAUGGGGGUGAUCCUUAUGGGGGUGAUCCUUAUGGGGGUGAUCCUUAUGGGGGUGAUCCUAUGGGGGUGAUCUGUAUGGGGGUGAUGCUUAUGGGGGUGAUGCUUAUGGGGGUGAUCCUUAUGGGGGUGAUGCUCAUGGGGGUGAUCCUUAUGGGGGUGAUCCUUAUGGGGGUGAUCCUUAUGGGGGUGAUCCGUAUGGGGGUGAUGCUUAUGGGGGUGAUGCUUAUGGGGGUGAGCCUUAUGGGGGUGAUCCGUAUGGGGGUGAUGCUUAUGGGGGUGAUGCUUAUGGGGGUGAUCCUUAUGGGGGUGAUCCUUAUGGGGGUGAUCCUUAUGGGGGUGAUCCUUAUGGGGCCUUAUGGGGGUGAUCCUUAUGGGAGUGAUCCUUAUGGGAGUGAUCCUUAUGGGGUGAUCCUUAUGGGGGUGAUCCUUAUGGGGGUGAUCCUUAUGGGGUUGAUCCUUAUGGGGGUGAUCCUUAUGGGGGUGAUCCUUAUGGGGGUGAUCCUUAUGGGGGUGAUCCUUAUGGGGGUGAUCCUUAUGGGGGUGAUCCUUAUGGGGGUGAUCUUUAUGGGGGUGAUCCUUAUGGGGGUGAUCCUUAUGGGGGUGAUUCUUAUGGGGUUGUUCCUUAUGGGGGUGAUCCUUAUGGGGGAGGGUGAUCCUUGUGGGGGUGAUCCUUAUGGGGGCGAUGCUUAUGGGGGUGAUCCUUGUGGGGGUGAUCCUUGUGGGGGUGAUCCUUAUGGGGGUGAUCCUUAUGGGGGUGAUCCUUAG